AUGAAUCAACUUACAAGUCCAGUCCAAGAGCAACCUCAACUCCCUCGGUUUGGACGCGAACCAGCUUCACAUUUCGAAGAUACGCAAAAGCUCGAGUCUUUCCUCCGUCCACUGAUUAAGUCUUUCGUGAAGGACUUAGGUUAUGAAAAACCAACCCGAAUCGACAAGGAGGUAUACUGGUCCAAACUUCACGAGCGAGCUGCCGAAACGGGUAUUCCCCAUGCGAAAGGCACUCAUUCUCACAGUUGCCUCGAGGUGGGAGGUUUAUACGCUAUAGCGUGCCUACCAAACCAUCCUCUCGAUGUUCAAAUAUAUGUUGGUAUAUAUACAUGGGUAGCCAUUGUUAUCGAUGACACUGCAUCUCACCAACUCGCCGAUUACGAACGAUUUCAUGAACGGUUCGCGGCUGGUGAGCAUCAACCAACGUGCGUUCUUGAGAACUGGGCCGAGUUGCUGCGUUCCACCUUCAAAUAUUGGGAGCCCAUUAUAGCCAACUUCAUUAUUGCGUCGUCACUUGACUUCCUAAACGCAUGUAUUCUAGAAUCAAGAUCCGAAUUCCUCAGUUUAAUCCCGACGAAGGGAAGCCGAAACUUUCCAUGGUAUAUUCGCAGUAAAACUGGUGUCGGGGACGCAUACGCAUAUUUUACAUUUCCAAAGGGUUUGUUCCCGGAUUUCUCAAGUUAUGUCGAAGUGGUACCCGACUUGUCCAAGUUUUUCUGUCUCGCAAAUGAUAUAUUGUCAUUUUACAAAGAAGAAGUGGCAGGUGAAGAUGCCAACUACAUACACCGUGCAGCCCAACAAGAAGGCAAAAACGUUCGUGAAUUUUUGAAAGACGUCAUUACCGAAACUCUCAGUGCAUUCCAUCGUAUAUGCGUCGUCUUCGAGGAUAGGGAAUUAGAAAGACAGGUUUUAAACGACUAUAUUUUGGGAUACGUUACUGAAGGCAUUACGCACGAUGAGCCCCGCCCUGAAGGGAUUCGGCCUCCUUCAAGGGCACUGGACGCUUUUGUGGAGAGUAUCGCCUCGGAAAUGGGUCUCAACCCCUAA